AUGGAGGACAGACGCCUCACGACCCAGGACUUCGAUGCAAACCGAGGCAAGCGCGAAGUACAGUUGCCAUGCGGCCACAACAUCGCGCUCCAGAAGCCAGAUGGUGCACGACUAGCGAGUAAAGGCUGCCUUGAUAUGACCUGCCCAGUCCGCAGCGAGGAGAUCCGGCAGAAGUCUGACCGUGACGAAGCGCGGUCUUUCGAGCAAGACGCCGAGCUAUUCGAUGCAGUACCUAUGGCAGACGGCUGGGCUGAGCUCGGCUGGGACGAUUUGUCCGAUGCUAUUGUUACAUUCGACAUUCUCGCCCUGAAGAGAGCCCUUCGUGGCGCAGCCGAGCACCUGAAAGCCCGAGCACUCGUAGCACCAUAG